AGCAGCCACUGCGCCGCCUGGACUGCCCGGGGUGUUUGCACGAGCUGCCGGCCCCUUUGCGAUGAAGAGCCUCGUCAGCUGCACCCGUCAGCAUUUGGCCCUCUUCAAGCCCCGUUGUCUUCAGAACAGCCUUGCUCUGCCAUUGUGGAAAAGAGGCCACGUGGGGCUCCAUUCUUUUCAAAGUCCUACUAUUCUGCAACAGGGAGGUAGCCCGUGUACGCCCGGCCUGUGCAGGGUGCAGCCCCGAUGGCUGAGUACCGUCGACUUGUCUCAACAAGACCCAAAGCCACCGUCUAGCACUGAAAACACAGAGAAAUUCACCGUGAUUUACCGAUUCCCGGCCAUCCGGUUGUUGAAACUCUUGUCGAGGCUGAAAGUGGUGCAGACGGGCUUCGGUUUGCUGGUCCUCCCUCCGCUCUGGUACUUCAAUGGGCUAAACCAGGUGACUUUGGUCACGGGCCUCUUCUCCUUCACCCUCGUGUUUCUGUACACCCUCAGCUUCUUUCUGGAACGGGUCAUCGGCUUAAUGUAUCUGAACGAAAGCGGGACUCUCUUGAAAAUUUCGCACCUGACAUUUUGGGGAAAGAGGAAGAAUUUCUGCUGUCCGGUCGAUUCUGUGGUGACCUUGGGGGACAAGGACAGAGAUAGCAACAGGUUCCUCCUGAAGUUCAGACAGUGCGACCAGAAGAAAGUCCUGUAUUUUUCACUUGUCUUGGGUCAAGUGGUGGACCACGAAGCCUUUGACAAAGUGUUUCGGUGUUAUUCCUAAGUGUGUGUGUGUGAGAGAGAGAGGGGGGGGGGAUGUUUUGUGCUGGGGAUUCAUAACCUUGUUGACUAAAAUAUAGCUAGUCCUGAACUUACAAUCACAAUGGAGCCUCAAAUUUAUGUUGUUAAGUAACACAUUUGUUAAGUGAGUUUUGCCUUGUUUUAUGACCUCUUACCACGGUUGCUAAGCCUGCAACUAGUAGUAAUGCCCCUCCAAUUUUCAGUUGUGAGAAAUGAACAAUUGUCACCAUGCUCUGCCUUCUAGUGUUUUGUUCCUUAUUUCUGCUGGACAAUUUCAGCGUUUCUACGCUGGAAUAAAUUCUCUACUGCUACAA